AUGGGCACCAAAGGCCGUGAAGUUCCUCGUGUCGUGUGCUGUGCCAUUCCAUUGGCUAGUACAUCUGGAAAGGUCCUCGUUAUAACUAGUCGCAAACGACAAGAUUUAUGGGUUUUACCUAAAGGAGGUUGGGAGUUGUCGGAUGUUACUUUAGAGAGGGCAGCCUCGCGGGAAGCCUUAGAAGAAGCGGGCGUUCGAGGCAAUAUAACUCGAUAUGUGACGACCAUCAACUCGCCCUCAACAACGUAUCACUUCUACGAACUUGAAGUCACGACUCUCGACAAGGAUUGGUUAGAAAGCCGGGAGCGGAAAAGAGAGUGGGUGGAUUAUGCCGAGGCGAUGAAACGGGUCGCAUGGAAGACCGAACUUGCGCAAGGACUUAUGCUUUCUACGUUGGCGCCACGGCGGUAG